UCAGGGCUGGAAAUGGCUUUGCCUUGGGUUAAUUUCUGGAGUUGCAUGCAUGAAACAACUCCAGAAGGGAACAGGGCUGAGGAGGGGUCGAGGCUGGGAGUCCCCUCCGUUGAUGCUGGGCGGGAGAGCAGAGUGGAGAUCAAGAGGCCAGGCGAGGUGCAUUGCUCUCCACAGGGAAACAAUCCCCCUGGGAAUCAACUGUGGGAGCUGAGAGUAGAAAGAGCUGGGAGAAGCGAAAAGCCGGGGAGGCGGGAUUUCUGUCCUGCUCAGAACAAUAAUAAGUGGCCUUUCCCCAGCCACUUGACCCGAGAAUCUCAAAGCUCUUUACAAACAUGAGCUAGUUAAUCCUCGCAGAUCCCCAGGGAGGGAGGUGGGGGGAUCAAUAUACUCUCCCCCUUGUUAUAGAGGGGGAAACUGAGGCACGGGGAGGGGCAGGGCCAUGCCCACGGUCUCACAGAGAGUCGGUGGCAGAGCUAAGAUCAGACCCUGGGAGUCCACAUCAUUGAUGCUCUCCUCUUUCAUGCCCGCAUUGUUCCUGGUUGAAAGGAGACAAACAAAGAGAGGGGCCAUUCUGCGGGCGCGAAGGAGGGAGAGGGAGCGAGGUCCUUGUCAGAGCAUGUUGCUGCACAGCCCAGGAAGCCCAGGUUUGCUGGGGAACCGGUUCCCUUCAGCCUCGCCUAGGAGGCAAGUGUCCCUGUCCCCGCCCUGGUGCAGCUGGGCUCAGGUGUCCUUCCCCCCCAGUCACGCAGGGCCAGAGCCCAGGCUCUGCCGGCACUUGCGCCCCGGGGAGCACCAGUGCGGCUGCCCCUGGCUGAGCACGUGUGUUCGUUUUCCUCGCACAGACAAGGCCUUUGUGAAGGGAGAUUUGCUUCACAAGCGGUGGUGGGAACCACCAACAUGCGGCAACCAGUCGCUCUGAGUCCCCGUCCCGGCUCCCGAUGGACGUCCUGCUGCUCCUCGUCCUCGUGGCGUGGACGUGGCGCUCCCCUUCUCUGGCUGCUCCUUUCACCUACCAGCUGGCCCGGCUCAGCUCCCAGCGGAGCAGCUGCAAGCCCAUCCCCAGCAGCAUGACCCUCUGCCACGGGGUCGGGUACAACGAGAUGCGUCUGCCCAACCUGCUGGGCCACGAGAGCAUGAAGGAAGCUCUGCAGCAAGCCGCCUCCUGGGUGCCGCUGCUCACCAAGCAGUGCCACGGGGACACCAAGAAAUUCCUGUGCUCCCUCUUCGCCCCCGUGUGCAUCAGCGACCUGGAGGAUCCCGUCUACCCUUGCAGGUCCCUCUGCGAGGCGGUGAGAGAUGGCUGCACCCCUGUCAUGGCUGCCUUUGGCUUCCCCUGGCCUGAGAUGUUCAACUGCAGCAGGUUCCCUCGGGGGAACGAACUGUGCGUCCCGCUGGCCGGCCCGGACGACCGACUGCAGCUCACGAAGGAAGACGCAGUGUGCACAGCCUGUAUCAGCCGAGGGCACAGCGAAAAGGAGUUCCUGGAAAACUUCUGCAGCCAAGAUUUUGCCUUGAAAAUGAGCAUCAAAGCGCUGUCCAGCGCAGACGGAGACUUGAAAGUGACCCCGGAGCUCAAGAGCCGGACCCUCUACAAGCAGGGAGGCUGGUCGGAAGAAGAGCUGAAGAAGCCAGUCCUCUGGCUGACACAUGGCGAGACCUGCGCCUGCGAAGAACUCCGCGGGCAGGGGACCGUGGUCCUGGCCAUGGGCCACAAGGCGGCUGGCCGCUUGAUCAUCUCCUGGGUGAGGAGGUGGCAGCGAGGGGAGAGGGAGCUGAAGAAAUUCACCCGGGCGGUGCGGAAGAUCCAGUGCUAAAGGGGAGGGACGCGGCUUUGCGCUGAGAACGUCUCCCUCCCGCACGUGCUGUGAAUUCUUCCCUCUCCAGCCGGAAAACGUAUUAUAUUUAGCCAGGCUCUUACCGUGAAAACAGCACCCCCCGCCCCCAGUCACUGACAGAGGGGAUCCAGAAACUCAACCAGGAAGCAGCUGAAUCAAGCGCCCUCCGGAGGGUGUGUGCAGACCAAGGAGACCAGAGGCACAGACAAGCCAGCCCCCCACCUCAGGCCCAUGCGGUUAGCUGUAGGCCAGGGGUGGCCAACCUGAGCCUGAGAAGGAGCCAGAAUUUACCAAUGUACAUUGCCAAAGAGCCACAGUAAUACGUUGGCAGCCCCCCAUCAGUCCUCCCACCCUGCUCCCAGCGCCUCCCUCCCACCGGCAGCCCUGCCUAUCCGCACUUCCCCCUCCCUCCUCACACCUCCCGAUCAGGUGUUUUGUGGCAUGCAGGAGGCUCUGGGGGGAGGGGGGAGGAGCGAGGGCACGGCAG